GACAAGACUGCAGAGGCCAAUCACUGAAUAAAACCCAUCGUUGAUGUUGCCGGAUUCAUCCACCAACUACUUGCCAUUUGCUCUAUAAAUACAAUUUGAGUAAUCCUCUGCAGGUCCCAGGGCAACAGAGGAGCAACACCACAGUUCUAACCAUGCCUAUCAACUCAUCCCAUGGAUAACACUUACUGCUUGAUAGGUGCUUGAAUGGAUCAGCUGGGUAUAUAAAUGUUGUGUGUGGUGCUGAUUUGUCCAGGGCAAUCCUUCCCACUAUGAGGUAGCCUUCCUGAACUCUUUGGGGGAAAAUAUAGCUGCUCUUUUGUAUAGCGAGUCUAAGUCAUUAAACCAGACUUAGCCAUUGUAAAUAGAUAGAGAUUGAAUAACAUUAGCUAGCCAAGGGGAAACUAAGAGAGGAGACUGGUUCCACCCUCCAGUACCACUCUCAGAAGGUGAUUCAUAAGUCAUGGCUGACCACAACAAGGUAUUACCACAUCCUCUUUUCCUCCGAGAUGUAAAUUGGGAUCCUUUCCGUGAGUGGACACAGCCUAGCCACAUGAUCAUGGAGAAGGACUUUGGCCUCCCUCCUUUCCUGGAUCCAGGCGAUGUGAGCUGGAUAGAUUGGGCUAGGAAUACAUUGGCAUCAUUCUCCUGGCCAGGGUACACACGCUAUCCCCUCUUCAGCCUCAGCACUGUUCUCCCUGCUGCAGUGGCACCCCAGACUUCAGCCAGGCUUCAGAGGCAACUGUCUGAAGGAGUGUCAGAGAUCAGGAGGGGACAGGGCAGUUGGAGGAUCACCCUGGAUGUUAAUUACUUCUCACCAGAGGAGAUGUCAAUCAAAACCAAGGGGGGCUUCCUGGAGAUUGCAGGUCAACAUGACGAAAGGGAAGACGAACAUGGAUCAGUCUCAAGGUGCUUUAUAAGGAAAUACAAGCUGCCCCCUGGUGUGGACUUGCAGCACAUCAGCUCAUCUCUGUCUGGUGAAGGGGUUCUCUUAGUAGAAGCACCUCUACCAGGCUCAGCUACCACCAUCCUCCCCAGUGACAUGGUCAUCCCCAUUCUGAUCAAGCACGAGCAGGAGGGGAAAGAGUGAAUCCAGUUGUCCAGAUGCUGAGAUCCAUCACAAUUAGAUAUAAAGCUUGGGGUAAAGCUUAGAAGCGAAUGACAGUGUUGACAACUUUUGACAAAAAUGUGAUUGUGUAUUAGGUCUUGGUCAUUCAAAAUGACAAACAUAGUGGCUUCUAUUGCUGUUGAAACCUAUAACUUAAUUUACUCUCACUGUAACCACAAGGUUGUCAGGUUUUUCUAUGCAUUUUGGUUAAUCAUGUCCCAUGAUUUAACUAGCAAAAUCAAGAUAAACAGAAAUAACCAAGA